AUGGCCAACAACAACUUGAACCGUCCGCUCAACACUAAUGAAGCUGAUCCUUCCAACUCCAGCUCAAUGCCUGGCACCGCUCCGCCACCUUCUUCCGAAAACCCCCAAGAGCUCGGCCACCAGGCUCCCAGCACCGCUCCGCCACCAUCUUCCGAAAACCCCCAAGAGCUCGACCACCAGGCUCCCAGCGCUUUCAGCCGCAACGAGGACUGGUCGUUCAGUUUUGAGAGAGAAGCGAACAGCUGCAUUAAUGGUCAGUUGGGGGCAACUGGUGCGAUGUCCUGUGAAGCUCCCCAGGAGCCCUCAGGGGCUAACGCGGUGCCGCAGGUCCACCCAGGGAAUGGCGAACAUAGCCUCCAGCAGAAGCCUAAGCAGCAGAAGGCGAGCAGCUCCCAGGCCACUUCUGAGCGCUACAAGACUGAACUGUGUCGGCCCUUUGAGGAAAGCGGCGUUUGCAGGUACGGCCACAAGUGCCAGUUCGCGCAUGGCCACCGCGAACUGCGUACCCUGUCAAGGCACCCCAAGUACAAGACGGAGCCUUGCCGCACCUUCCAUAGUGUUGGCUUCUGCCCCUAUGGCACCCGCUGCCACUUUAUUCACAACCAGCCUGAGCAGCAACCUGUGCCUUCCGGGAGCACCUCCGAGGAGCUGAACACCUUCAAUGGCUCCAAUGAGCAACAUUUGGGCGUUAACGAGGAGCAGCAGCUCAGACUGCAGAGUGACAGCCCUUCGGGCUUCCUGUCGGGCAACAGCCAUGCCCUCCAGGCACCUCUGCUGCUCAACCAACAGGCGUUGCUCAGGAUGUUGUGCUGCAAGACCUCCUCCCCUACUCCUACUCCACCCUCCGAAGACGACGCUGGUAAAGACCCGCUCAACGACUGCGCCAACAAUACCUUCAACCAGGAGCUGGGUGGCUUCUCGCCUGAGGCACAGAACCCGAACUUUGCUACUACAACUUCUACUGCCUCCUACAACAACCAGCAGCAGAUGGGCCUGGCGGCUUCCACGCAGUUCCAGAUGCCCCUUGCCGGGCCAACGCCUUCAGCCACCGUCUUUGGCCAGGCUGCUGUUGGCCCCACAGCUGCUGCCCUUGUUCCUGGGGCUGCCCUCGCUCCUGGGGCAGUUCUUGCUCCUGGGGCUGCCCUCGCUCCUGGGGCAGUUCUUGCUCCUGGGGCUGCCCUCGCUCCUGGGGCAGUCCUUGCUCCUGGGGCAGUCCUCGCUCCUGGGGCUGCCCUCGCUCCUGGAGCUGCCCUCGCUCCUGGAGCUGCCCUCGCUCCUGGGGCUGCCCUCGCUCCUGGGGCU